AACUGAGCGCACCUCUCUCACGCGGCUACAUGCAGGAACAGGAAAUGAGGAGGAAACAGGAACAAUCUGACAGAACUGACGGGAAAAGUUACAGAACAGUUUGUGAAAGAUGAGCCGGAUUUAUCACAACACGUCCUUACAGAACAAACCGGUGCACAAUGAGACGGUGGAGCGCGCGUGGGCUCCGUCCUCCUAUCACAGUGGCCCGGGGGUUCUUCUAGAAGGAAAGCUGCUGGAUGUUUCCAGACAUGCGAUCACUGAUUGCAACAAUCAAAAGGCCCGUUUCUAUGUGCUGUACAUCAGGCCCAGCCGCGUCCACCAGAGGAAGUUCGAUGCCAGCGGGAAGGAGGUGGAGCCGAACUUCAGCGACACCAAGAAGGUCAACACUGGCUUCCUCAUGUCCUCCUACAAGGUGGAAGCUAAAGGCGAGUCGGACCGUCUCUCUGAGGAUCAGCUGUCAGCGACGGUGAACAAAUCUGAGCUGCUGAAGAUUACCGACAAACACCGCCCCGACGGGACCUGGGCCUUCUGGUACCCCGAGGCAGAGAUGGAGCAAACCGAACUGGAGACGGGACAGGAAGUACGGCUGAAGACCAGAGGAAACAGUCCUUUCAUAUUCUCCUUAGCCGAGGUGGACGGUGGCACGGUGACCAAGUGUAACUUCGCUGGAGAUGAGAAGGCCGGAGCAUCGUGGACGGAGAAGAUCUUGGCCAACAAAACGGAGGGAGCCAGCUCCCAGAUGCCCGGGGGAGAGGGAGAGGGAGCGGAGGAGGACGAGUGGGAGGAGUGAGGAGAGUCUCUGGCCCUGCUGCAUGCUGAACUUCUUCAGCUUGGAUCACCCCCGUCCCUCUGCCUUCGGAGUGGACGACUUUUCUCCUAACCUCUCACACAUGUGGCCUUGGGCUGGAAGUCACGUGACACUGGGACUCUCUCAGCUGUUAGCUCUCGUGAACACUCUGUACUUUAGAUCCCCAUUGUUAUGACUGGAACUUUUCAAUCUUUCUUGGCUCAUUCUUCUAUUUUUGCCAGUUUAGGUCCAAGUUGAAUCCAGAGUGCAUCCAGAAGCCUGGAUUAAGGUCUGUGGUUAACACAAUCGUACGAAAUGUUUCAUGUUUUGUUCUACAACAUAAAAUAAGUCAGCAAAAACUCCACUCGUGAAUGUCUGAAGCUGCCAUGUGUGUAAAAAAGGCAGUUGCUAACAAGUGGCUAAAUGAGACUGCUAAACGUCGUCUCGCCGACACAAGUCCGCAGCCAUGUGACCGGGAUCUAGUUCCUUUAUAUCAUUACGUUAACUUUGUACUGCUGCCGAUCGCAUUUACUUAAAACGCUGUGUUGUGUUAAUAUGUUAUCCUGUUGAACAAAACGUGAUAAGUAACAUUUACGUGUGUUUGACACAAAAUGUAUUUUUUCUGCAAUAUUCUGAAAUCCAAUUGCUUUUUGUUGUGAUAGCCCUUGCGAUGCUAAUUUCCAGUCCGACCUACACAAAUACGUCAUCACUGCACCGCUCUGACAUACCCAAAUAUCUAACUUCAUCACUAUGUUGGUACCUCAGUAUGGUCAUUUUAAGUCUUGUCUACAGUUUGGAACAUUUGACUCUAAAGUAAAAUAUCCAUAGUUCUAUCUUCAGAGACUGUCAUUCUGUCUGUCUGUGUUUCACAUACUGUGUAAUGUAUUGAAAGGGGACCACUAUUAAUUGUUUCAGGGGUGCAUGGCAUUCUGGGUAAAGCUCUCUCUUUGUUGCUCGCUACUAUAUUAACUGAUAUAACGCCAAAUAUUCAUCGUUUGAAUUCAUGCACAAAUACUCUACAUGUGUUCAGUCGAGAGACAUUGUAAUCAGCUGUUUUUAUUUUUUAAAUAAACAGGCUAAAAACAA